UCAGGAUGAUCAGGAUCAUACAAGCUCGGCAAAAACUUUAGAGCUCUCAGCUUCUAGUACGCUUCUAGUAAUGGCAAAGUAGCUUCGAGUGUCACUUAGAAGGUGCCUUUACUGUUCACUUCGAGGCAAAAGCAACUUGGGGCUCUGUCAAUGGAGAUGACAUGGGAAUCUUCACUGUUCACUGACUGACAUGACGGCGUAAAUCUGUGUGUGUGCUGUGUGUUGUGUCGUCCUUUGUUUGUUUCCCGGCACGGAUUUUUUAAAUCGCUUUUAAAGUGUAAAUCCACAUACUCCUCGUUAUUAUUAUCGGUGAGAUCUUUUCUUCAGUGCGAACAUACUGCUCCAGGAUCGUCUGGGGCGAACAACAAUCUGGGAAGCACCGGGAACAGAACAACCUCAAGGAACAGGACACAGACACCGUGCACAAGCAAGUCCCCUGCGGACCGGAAGAAGACGCACGUUUUGAUGACGUAGGUUGCAUUGUCUACAUCGUUACGUGUCCCUCAUGUGAACCCGCCCUAAGGCCGCCGCUGUGCCGCCGAGAGCCAACAAGCUCAAAACUGCCAUCUCCCAUCAGAUCGGCGUUCCAAUGACCGUCAUGGAGGGAGACAAAGUACUCCAUGCGUGCACUUCGUUUAGCUGGGGCUUCGUCAAGAACCUCCCACCGGCACCACUUCUGUCUCAACUUGGAACCCAUUCUGACAUUUCCGACCCUCUGAAACAACCCAAUUUUCUCUCGUAAUUUACGUGGGGCAAGGACACCUCUACAAGAAAUGCAGCUCUCCCCAGAGUUGAAUAGUCAGCCCGUGAGAGUGAAAUCAGAACCUCUUGAUGCACCAUGCCUGCCAGAAGAAGGCCAGGUACAUCCACGGCACUGCAGAGUGACAACUGACAUGUGUCACGUCAAAGAAGAGCCUCGAGAGGAAUCUUUGAAUGAACAUCCAACCGUAGAAGUCAAGACAGAGCCUUACAAUGUUCCAGUCUUGGCAGGACAGGACCAAAUGGGUUACAGCCGUCAAUCAACAUCAGAAGGCAUGAGAGCUGGGACGUGUAAUGUUGAAGAAGAACCUCAAGGGGAAUCUUCAAAGGAACAUCCAAUCAUAGAAGUCAAGACAGAGCCUUAUAACGUUGAAGUAUUGACUGGACAGGACCAAAUGGGACACAACUGUCAAUCAACAUCAGAAGGAGCAUGGGAAAGCACUGGUUUGCCCCACGUAAAGGACCAGCCCAGAGGCGCUUGUGAUCGCACAUCUUCAGGAUGUACUUCUUCAAAGGCAUGGUUGAAUAUCAGCACGACGACCGUUGAGCCACAGCUCGACAGUGCUCUACUAGUCACUACGAACGGUUGGGCAGACCGGAGCAAGCCGUGUGAACCUCCAUACACACUGAAAGACAGCCUGAAACACCACACGUUUGCAGAGUGUCACAGUGUGUCUGAAAUGUGUUCUGCUACUCCUCCAAUGGAUGAUCAGAUGGGAGAGGAGGGUUUUACAUGUGACAUCUGUCCCCCUACAUUCUCACCGUCUAGGAGCGACGAGAGUCACGUGCCAAAGCGUAAUGACGAGAAGUCACGCAUGUCUGAUCUCUGUUCUGCACAGUUCUACCGGAACACGGCCCUGUGCUGUCACAGGCGAACACACAGCCUGUGGAGUCAACUGCAUCAACACAAGCAAACACACAGGGGUGAGAAGCUAUUCAAGUGCAAUGUGUGCCCUGCAGAGUUCAGCAGAAGUGGGAACCUAAAGCAGCACAAGCAAACACACACGGGCGACAAACCAUACAAAUGCGAUGUCUGCUCUGCAGAGUUCAGCCAGUGUGGGAACCUACAGCAGCACAAGCGAACACACACGGGCGACAAGCCAUACAAGUGCGAUGUCUGCUCUGCGCAGUUGAGCCAGAGUAGGACUCUACAGGAUCACAAACGCACGCACACUGGCAAGAAGCCAUACAAGUGCGACAUGUGCGCUGCGGUGUUCAGGCAGAGAGGGCACCUACUGUACCACAAGAGGAUGCAUACAGCCGCGAAGGCAUACAAGUGCGAUGUCUGCCCUGCGAAGUUCAGUCAUAGAGGGCACCUACAAAAGCACAAGCUGACACACACGGGCGAGAAGCCAUACAAGUGCAAUGUCUGCCCUGCAGAGUUCAGCAAGAGCACGUACUUACAACAACACAUGCAGAUACACACGGGCGAGAAGCCAUUCAAGUGCAAUAUGUGCCCUGCGGAGUUCUGCAGGAGCGGGAACCUAGAACGGCACAAGCGAACACACACGGGCGAGAAGCCACACGAGUGCGAUGUUUGCUCUGCGCAUUUCAGCCAGAGUGGAAACCUACAGCAGCACAUGCGAACACACACAGGCGAAAAGCCAUACAAGUGCGAUGUCUGCUCUGCAAAGUUCAGGCAGAUAGGGCACCUCCUGUACCACAAGAGGAUACACACAGCCGAAAAGGCAUACAAGUGCGAUGUCUGCCCUGCGCAAUUCAGCCGGAGCGGCCACCUACAGUAUCACAGGCGGUCACACACAGGCGAGAAGCCAUACAAGUGUGAUGUCUGCGAGGCAGGGUUCAGCCAGAGUGGGAACCUACAGCGUCACAGGCGGACACACACGGGUGAGAAGCCAUACAAGUGCGAUGUCUGCCCUGCACAGUUCAGCACGAGUGGCCACCUACAGUAUCACAAGCGGACACACACGGGCGAGAAGCCAUACAAGCGCGAUGUCUGCUUUGCAGAGUUCAGCCAGAGUGGUACCCUACAGGAUCACAAACGUACACGCACUCGCGAAAAUCCAUACCAGUGCGAUCUCUGCCCUGCGAAGUUCAGUCAGAGAGGGAACCUACUGCCAUAGGUCUGCAUUUCCCUAAGAAUUCAUUCAACAUCACAUCAUGGUCAGUUUUCUGCAAAGCCCACCACAUCACAUCACCGUCAUAAACCAUCGCAUCACGGGCCCAUCACUCAACUUCAACUUCAGAAUUAAUCACGUUGUAACCCAUCAUUCAACUUCAACUUCAGAACCCAUCAGCAUCACAUCACGUCAUUCAACUUCAGAAUCCAUCUCAUCAUAACCCACCAUUCAACUUCAGAACCCAUCAUCGACUUCAACUUCAGAAACCAUCACCGACUUCAGAGCCCAUCAUCAGAAUUCAACUUCAGAUCCCAUCGCGGUUUUGAAGUUGAAUUGCUGUGAUGGGUUCUGAAGUCGGUGAUGGAUUUUGAAGUUGAAGUUUGUGAUGGGGCUUUGAAGUUGAAUUCCUAUGAUGGGUUCUGAAGUCGGUGAUGGAUUUUGAAGUUGAAGUCGGUUAUGGUGUUUUGAAGUUGAACUCCAACAAAGGCCUACGUUGGGUGUACCCGGCUGCAGGAUUACGACGCUAGCGUCCUGCUCGCCUGUGUGUGUGUGGGUUUCCUGGUAGUGGCAGCAAAAGCGUAAGCGAAAGAGAGGUAUGCUGUUUGGAGGGUGCGGUCAGCCUGCACUCGGCUGGACUUGGAAGCAGGGUGUACCAAUGAGGGAAGAAAGGGAGGGAUGCCACGUUUGACCCCCGCUGUCGCAUGUGAACGGCGGAAGGUGUGUUGCUUGCGCGCUAGGGUUGUUGCACAACGUUGCGCCCACGGUGUAAGAUAUAUAUAUAGUUAGGUGAGGAAGCUCCCGGCGCCCGGACGGCCUCCUAAUGUUCGCCUCCGCCCUUCCGCGGCUCUCACUAGAUGGCGCGAAGAACGGUGGGCUGAGGCGGCUGAGGGGCGUGGGAUGGGAAGAGCGCGUUGAAGUAAAUGUAUGCACGGUAGCCGGCAUUUUAAAAGGGUAGCAAGCAAAGAUAGAGGCUGACACUGGCUCGAACUUAUGAUGAAACUGCAACAUUUAUAGUUACUUUCCGCGUGUGUAUCCGCGCCAGCUAAAGUAAUCAUGAUCCGAUGCAGUGGACGGCGUUUAUUCCAGCCAUCGUGUCAUGUUUUGCUCUUUAUUGUUUUGUCGAGAGAAACUUUGUUGGUGUAUGCGUAUCCAUUUUCAAACUAUUUUCGAAUCCACAGCAAUUCAAACGAAAUAUUCCAAGUACAAGUUUAUUUAUUCUCGUCGCUGCAUGGCAGAACACUCAAGCGAAAAUGUCUACGUUGUGCAAAAGUGUGAACUUUUCUUCUUUUCACGGGUCUCUUUUUUGUCCAUUGCAUUCAUUUGCUUGCAGUAUUGACGCAUUCGCAUCAAGACGUAAUACUGCAGGAUCUUUGACAGCAACUCGGUUUUGUGAGUAUCACAGGGAAACGUUAGUGUGCACACGUCAAGGACGUGCUCG